AUGGAGCACACAGCCACACCUGGGGGCCCGGGGCUCCCUUGUAGCCACAGGCAGGCCUUAGCCCUGUACCAGCACCUCUUUAGAUGCCCUGCAAGCCCGGGCCAGCUCCAGGCUGCCCUGCAGCAGGUGCAAGAGAGUCGGGCCUGUCGAUCAGGACUGGAGCUCCCCACUGUGUUGCUGGAGAUGGAGCGGAGCCGGCGGGCCCAGCAGCAGCUGCUGUGGGACUUGGAGCUGCUGACUGGGGCAGGGCUGAGCCUCUUCUGGCCCCCCUGGGCCAAGUUCUGUGGUCUGAGGGACCAGGCCCAGUGUGUACGGAGUCAGUGCGGCAAGCCCCAUGGUGGGACAGGCGGGGGCCCUGAGCGGCGGACCAGCUGGGCUUCUUGGUUCCAGUUCAGGUGGAAUGUGUGUGAGGGGCUGGGAUAUGAGCAGAGGGUUCCUGACAUUGUUCUUUCUCCCUCAGGUUGCUUACUAGAGCCGAACCCCACCAUCAGCAGUAGCUUUGGGGACCCAGGAAGCUCUGAGUUCAAGGACCUGGCCCAGAGGGGAGAGAGGAGACAAGCAGGACCUACAACCCAGAGGCCCUCCACAAGCCUAUGGGGGAGGAAGCUCGCUCAGGGAGCCCCAAGGCCCUCAGGCCUGCCCUCCCAGGGCCUGUCAGAACCCCAAGAUCCCCCUGUGGGGCGGGGCGGGAGCCUGGGCCAGGAAAGAGCAGAACUUCAGAAACUGCUGAGGACUGAGAUUCCUCAGAGGCAGAGACAGGAGGAUUCCCAAGAGCAUAAACAGCGUCCCCAGGGUCGGAAAGGGGAGGCCCCCAGCGGGGAGAGCGAAGAAGUUCCUAAGAGACAGAGAGAGAAGAUACACCAGGGUCAGAGUGGGGAGGCCACUGGGGCUCUGGGGGAGGAAGUCUCUGUGUACCCCCGGGGGGAGGCUCCCCAGAGUGAGAGGAGCGAGUCUCCUCAAGGUCAAAGAGGAAACAGCCCUCAGUGCCAGAGAAAAGAGGUCCUCCAGGAGCCGAGGAAGGAGACUCCUCGGGGCGGGGAAGUGAAGGCCCUUCAGACUUCGCCAGGCCGCAUCUCACAAGCCUGGGAGGUGGCUGAGGGAGAGGCGCCUACACAGCCCCCCGAGGAAGGCGCCUCCCUGGGAAUUUCUAGGGAUGUCUGCCGGUCCCUGGGAGAACAGAAGCCUCAGCCUGGGGGAAGGGAGAGCCCUGGCUCCGGUGAUAGGACCACCCAGCUGACGCAGGACAAAACUGACGGCGGGAGCCAAGAGUCGGCACCGGCCGCGGGAGAGCCGAGGGCCGUCCGGGAGGGGGCGCGGCCUCCCUUUCCACCCCGGAGGCUUCCGGCCCGGCCGCGGCUCCCAGGCCCAGGGGCCGAGCCGCUAGCGGCCCCAGGCACCGGGGGCUCGGGGCAGCAGGAGCACCCCGCGGCUCUCCCGGGGCGCCCAGGGCUGCUGCGCGACCCGCACGGGCUUCAGGACCCGGAGGGAAGCCCGGGCCCGGCGGAGCAGGUGCGCGGCGGCUCCGCUAGGCUCCUGGGCGCCGUCGGGGAGCGGGGGGGCGGCGCGGAGGCCCCCGAGGCCUCGAAGGCCGCGUGGCCCGCGCUCCCCGGCCGGGAGAAGGCGUCGGCGGGCGUGAGCGCGGCGCAGCAGGAGACGGCUCUGCAGCGGCUGCUGGAGCUGCACCGCGCGGCCCGGCGCCGGCGGCGGCAGGCCCGCGAGCAGCAGCGGCUCCGAGUCUUGGAACGCCUCCGCCUCGCCAGGAACCGCCACUGCCGGGUGCACCCUCUGGGGCCCCCAUCCAGCCCAGCCCAGCUCCCGCCACAGGAGGACGCGGCGGCGCAGCGGCGCGCCCUGCGGGAGCAGCUGCAGCGUGCGCUCCGGGAGAGGACGUGGCGGCUGCGGGCCCUCGGGGCCAGGAACACCCAGAACUUCCAGCAGCUACUGUGGCCCCCUGGCGCGGAGGAGCCUUCGGCUGGAGAGGAGCGCUCACCCUUCCCAGCCCCCUCUCCCCCCUCUCGUCCCUGCUGAAUCCUCAUAGGGAUGAUUAGAGAGAUGAGGAUUAAGGAGAACGCAAGCCGGCAACCUGCAGGCCCGCAAAGGGCAGAACAGAGGUAGUUCCAAGAAAGGCCCAGAACUUUGCCUCAGGGCCGGGGAGGCCAGACACACAGACACACGCAGCAGCUUCAGCCGCACCAGGAGGCGUGUUAUUUCUUCUUCCCUCCCCUAAGUCCACUGCCCGGCCAUUGUCAGAGCGCCAGGUCCUGAGGGUCAAGCAGCGAGAAGGCCCCAUUCUUUCGGAAGAACGAUUCAGUGCGGCACAUCUUACGGGAGACCAGUUCUUGCUUCACUGGGGGGCCUGUGGUAAGAUGUCAGAGGCCAGGAAUGGGUCCUGGGAAAGGGAACCAUGGGAGCCCUGCCUGUGGAGCCCUGGAAAUCUGCCUGUACUGUAUCCACUUUGGACGUGUGGAGGAAUAAAAGGUGCUUCUGAGCAACA